AUGGCUGAAACCGGCGAAGAGAAACUCAUUGCCGUGGCUCGUCACAUAGCUAAAACUCUAGGCAACACCGAUAAUGCCAUGGCCGAUGAUAUACUCCAAAUCUUCUCUAACUUUGAUGGCAGAUUAAGGGAAAAGCUACAUGAAAGUCUUUCCGGCAACGACGGCGGAGCCGCACUUGAUCAGACACUCAGAACGAUUGACCGACGGAUCUCUAGAUACCUCACGGUUGACCAACCGAUAUGGGCUGAUCCUGCCGACGCUUCGUCGUUUCUCGACGACGUUGACGAACUAGUCGCUGUGAUUCGUGAGUGGAGUGCGAUGGCUGACGACAAGGCGGUUACGUCUUGUCUCGACCGAGCGGAGGAUUUGCUCCAGCAGUGUAUGUUUCGGCUUGAGGAAGAGUUUAAGCUGUUAAUCGGACGUGGCGGCGCUGAAUCUUCCGAUAACGCUGUGGGAGGUGGUGUUGGUGGUUACUUAGAUUCUGAUGAUGAUGAAGAUGACGGAUUCGAUGAUGUGGAGAUUCCGGUGGCUCAUCCGGUGUCGGACUAUAACAUCACGAUCGAGGCGCUUCCGUCUAGUACAAUCAACGAUCUGCACGAAAUCGCGAAAAGGAUGGUCGCUGCCGGCUACGGAAAAGAAUGCUCGCUUGCUUACAGCACCUGCCGGAGGGAGUUUUUGGAAGAAAGCCUCUCGAGAUUAGGUUUUUUAGGGUUACAGAAUUCGAGUAAACCUCUAGAAGACGCCGACAACGAUGUUGAAAUCGAGAAAUGGGUCAAAGCAAUUAACAUGGCUGUUCGAGUAUUUUACCCUAGCGAGCGACGCCUUUGCGAUCGUGUGUUCGGUUACUCCUCCUCUACCGCCGCCGCCGCCGAUCUCUCCUUCAUGGAUGUAUGUAGGGUUUCCACCAUGGAGCUGCUUAAUUUCGCUAAUGGAAUUGCCAUGGGGAGCAGAGCACCAGAGAGACUGUUCAAAAUUCUCGACGUAUACGAAGCCGUGAAGGAUCUAUUACCGGAAUUCGAGGUAUUAUUUUCCGAUCAAUACUGUUUAUUCUUAAGAAACGAAGCCACAGGCGUUUGGAAGAGAUUAGGCGAAUCAAUCAGAGGCAUCUUCCUUGAAUUAGAGAAUUUAAUCCGCCGUGAUCCAGCCAAAGCCGCCGUCCCCGGCGGUGGUCUUCAUCCAAUCACCCGUUACGUCAUGAAUUACAUCCGUGCUGCUUGUUCCCGAGCAACCCUAGAACAAGUUUUUGACGACAAUCUCGACGGAUCUUCUCCAUCACCUUCAUCUUCAUUACCUGUUCAAAUCUCUUGGAUCAUGGAAGUUCUAGAGAACAAUUUAGAAUCAAAAUCCAAGACCUACAGAGACCCUGCGUUAUCCUCCGUGUUCAUGAUGAACAACGGUAGAUACAUCGUGAAGAAAGUUAAAGGUGAUGAAUUAGGUUCUCUUCUAGGAGACGAUUGGAUCCGAAAACAAACAUCAAAAGUGAGACAACACCAUGUAAAUUACCAACGAAGCUCAUGGCACAAGAUUCUCAACACUUUGAAACUCGACAACAGUAACUUAUCUUCAAAUGUUGCUUCCAAAGCUUUGAAGGACAAACUUAAACUCUUCAAUUCACAAUUUGAAGACAUUUUCCGAACUCAAUCAACAUGGGCCAUAUUCGAUGAGCAAUUGAGAGAGGAACUGAAGAUCUCAGUAGCUGGAACUUUGCUCCCUGCUUACAGAAAUUUUCUUGGGAGGUUUUAUAAUCUUCAAGAUAUUGGGAAAUAUGCAGAUAAACAUGUUAAAUUCAGCAUUGAAGAUGUUGAGGCUCGGAUUGAUGAUUUGUUUCAGGCAACCGCUGUGGCUGGGAGUGGCCGGAAGUGA